CACCAGAACCACUCACUGCCGAAGCUCGGGACAGAAAACACCCCCCAGUGGAUGAAGAUGCCGAACUUCGCCUGGUCGAACCAAGCUGGCAGCGGUCUCGAGUCGAUGGAGUCCCAGUUCGGUUCGUACCUGGCUCUGCUGACACCGAGCAGCACCAGGAAGAGGACAGAACCGAAAUGUUCAUUCAAGAUCUGCAGGAAGGCCCACCAUCCACCUGCUGAAGGAACAAGGGGUCCAGAAAGCUCUUCUUCAUGCCUUCGAUGGGAAACCUUCUGUUGCAAUGGAGGGAGUGAAGGCUGGAUAUUUCUUCUCCAUCCCACCGUCUAUCAUACGCAGUGAGCAGAAGCAGAAACUUGUAAAACAGUUGCCUCUGGAGAACAUCUGCCUGGAAACAGAUUCUCCUGCUCUCGGUCCAGAAAAACAGGUGAGAAAUGAACCAAAAAAUAUUUGUGUGUCUGCUGAGUACAUCAGUAAGAUAAAGGGCGUGUCGGUGGAGACGGUGAUGGAGGUGACGACACAAAACGCUGUGCGACUUUUCCCCAGGCUGAAGUCUGCCGUCCGACCCUGACGCUCUGCUACAGGUCACCUCCAGCUGUUUGUCCUUGAUUGUCUUUAAAAAAUGACAACACAGUAAACAUGAAAUCCUCUUAAAUCAGCCUUUUGUACCUACUGUCACUGUUAAAUUCAGAUAUUAAAGAAGAAAAGGAUGCUUUGUUUUUGAAUAUACUCCUGUAUUUAUUGAUGCAACUAUUAAAAGAAUAAAAAGGUGAUGUCCAUCUGUUCAUGAA